AGCAAGGAAAACAUCAAACGAGCAACUGAGGAGCCGUUACAUAGACGAGGCCUCUAACCUGAACCACAAUAAACAUAUACAAAGAAGAAGUUUGCUCAAGUUGUCAACAACAGGAAUCGAGAUCAACGGGAACAAGUGAUAUUUAAUUGAUUUAGGUUAUGGCUGGAGGAUUUAGAUACAAGAUAUGGGAUCCACCUCUUAUUAUAUCACAGAUAAUUACAAUGCAGGCUGUGUAUUACGUCGGACUGGGAUUAUGGAUUGCCAUUCUAGACCUUCUCACUGGCCACCAUCGAUCACUUGACAGUGUAUUCAAGUAUCAGGAGCUCCAGAUCAAAGAGGUUCAUGGCCGUGCCGUCAUGGCAGCAUUCAUCCUUAAUGCUUUGACAGGGUCGCUUGGGUUAUGGAAGAUAGUUCAGCGUACAAAACAGUGCCUCGAUUUUACCGUGACUGCACAUUUUCUACAUUUAAUAGGAUGCUGGCUUUACAAUGGGCAUCUUCCAUCACAACCUUCUGUAUGGUUGUUGAAUCUGGUGACGAUCACUUUGAUGUGUGUUCUUGGAGAAUAUCUUUGCAUGAGAACUGAAAUGCAGAAUAUUCCAGUCAUGAGUUCUAAAGUCGACCUAUAAAAUUGAUUCACAGAUUGCUGUACAGGGAACUGCAGUCCUGCAGGUCUCUCCAUUGUUUUAUAGGUGUUUCAUUGUCAUCACAUUGUGUACAAAGUGUCUCCAUGUCUUUUUCAUUCAGUUUGUCGAGUGCAUAUAAGUAGGUCAGGUUAAUGUGUAUUUUGGAUGUGAGUAAUGUAGUAUUUGUAUAAUGUUGGGGUUACCAGCCACAGACCUUAAGGUGUUGAAUUCUGAAUUUUGAAACUGUAGUGUACUCCUUACGUUGUUAUCAUAAUGGAUGUUUAGUGUAACUGAUUUAGAUUAGUUUCAUCACAACCCAUAUAAAUUAUAUAUUUCCCCACAUUUGGACUCAGAAUACCCUCAGUCAUUUAUUUUUCUAAAAUACAUAACUGCAGCAGUGUGUGCCCCAUCUGGAACUGCAGGUAUAGAUGUACUAUUAGUUCUUUGCCUCAAAAUUCAUAAGUCAUCAACAUUUUUUAACAACAUGAGUUUAAUCAUUUAUUCAUCUUGCACUAACUUUCUUCAUUCUUUCAUGGUAACAGCCAACUUUUGAAUACUGUAGGAACAAUUAUUUAUUUAACUGAGAAGUAUGCCUCUUUGCAUCAAUGAUAUUAAAAUUAU